AUGAAAAUCGCGAAAACGUAUAUAGAAAUAUUAACUAGAUUACCGAUAAAGAAAAAACUCAUUUUUAAUGAUAAUAAAGAUAAUAAACUCAAUGAAUCACAACAACAAAGUCGAGAAAAUUAUAAAUUUCCCAAAAUUAAAUAUACAUCAAAUAAAUAUGAUCGACCACUUCGACCUCGUUUUCCAGAUCUUGAGGUAACGGAACUUCCCGAUUUAUCAAAAAUUGAUCCAUUACUUGAUGUAUUUGAUGCCACAACUGGACCAAUUAUAGAUCCACCAUUUCCUACUACACGUCCAUCAGUAACAAUAAUUUCACCCGAAACCGAAAGUGAUGAUUCAGAUCUUUUAUCAAGCAUUACAGGUUUAACACCUAAUGAAAUUCGGGAUUUACAAAAGAAAGCAUUAGUUAUUAAACAAGUUAAAAAUAUGACACGUAAAGGAAGAAAUACUACCAUGUAUGCAUUGGUGGUAGUAGGGAAUGGAAAUGGGGUAGCAGGAUUUGGAGAAGGAAAACAUGAUGAAGCACCAACAGCUAUUAAAAAAGCUACAAAUAAAGCUAUUAAGAAUUUAAGAUAUAUUGAAAGAUAUGAUGAUAGAACAAUUUAUCAUGAUAUUGAAUAUAAAUUUCAUGGAACUGUAAUAAAAUUUUGGGCCAGACCACCAGGAUUUGGAAUAAAGACAAAUCAUUACAUACAUGAAAUUUGUAAAUGUAUCGGGAUGCAAGAUAUUGCAUGUAAGAUUUAUGGAUCACGUAAUGGGAUGAAUGUUAUAAAAUGUACAUUUUUAGCUUUGGAAUCACAAAGAUUACCUGAACAAAUUGCUAAAGCCAGAGGUAAAAAUUUAUUUGAUGUAUAUCACACUUAUUAUGGAAGUGCAUAA